CACUAUUAUUGUUGAUUACCUGACGUAGUAGGCGUAAAGUGAACCCUCGGUUAUUCGCGUCGGUUGGCAGGGCCAGUGAUCACCGGUAGGACACAGGCGGGCAAGAGCCGGGAAUAGCGCGACAACUUUCUUUUCUCAUCUAGCCCAAUUGAUUUUCGAUAGUCUUGCAAAAACAAGGAUUGCACUUGAUUUUAAACAAUGGCUUCACUGUCUAUCCAUUCAAGUGUGGAUUAUGCUAAAACCCUUCUCCCGGACUUUUGGGUGAGGUCAGUGUCAACUAUCCAAACAACAAUCUCACGCCGGAUCCUUCCCCCACCCCAGCCCCGUCCCUUCAGGCUCUGUACCCAGAGCCGAAGGCAGAGGAAAGGGUUAAUGGCCGCCUCCCUGGAUGACCUCCUAGACCAGACAGCAAGUGCCUUCCUGUUGACAUGCCAGUUCCUCAUCCUGGUGCUAGAGGAAGAUGGGACAGUGGUGGACUCUGAGGCCUUCUUCCAGUCACUGCCAGCCAAUACUCCAGUCAUGGUCCUGCAGAAGGGAGAGAUGUGGACUCGGGUCCUCCCAAGUUCCAGCCAGCCCAAUAGAAAUGGAAUCGGUAAAUUGAGUUUUGACCUGUACAAGUUGAACCCCAAGGACUUCAUCGGGUGUCUAACCAUCAAAGCGACUCUUUAUGAAAUCUACACACUGUCGUACGACGUUCAAUGCACCAGGGCCAAGGGUAUCUUGAAAGCUCUUCUGCGUUGUCUGACGUCUGUGGCGAGAGUGGUGGGGCAGCUGCUUCUGUGUGGUUCCUCGUACAUACUGCAGUACAUUGGGGACGAUGACUACUAGGAUGUGACCAAAGUUCCAAAGCCCCGUUUGAGCUCUUUAAAGUGAACCAGGUGAAACGUGUCCAGGGCCUCCUGAAUGCCAUUUGUCUCACUAAGUAACUGGGAAAAUUCCUUCGUGAGAUGCGUGUAGGCCUUGUUACCGGCUGGUUUCGUUGAGCCAUUGCAAAUGUAUGUAAAACAAUGUUGAUGCACAUCAAAUAAAAGCACUGCCCUGCUGGAGGAGGACAUAAAUACAAUAUGCACAUUUUUACUAUGGGCAACACAUACCGACUUGCAUGCAUCUCUAGUUGGGAUGAUGUGAUUUUGUUGUUUUUUAAAGUCAUUAAAAAAAACAAUCUGGUUGGCCACUGUAGCAAAAUAUCAAUGUUCUUAAACUAUCCCUUAAUCUGGAUGGCCCCAUUUGUGUCGUAUGUUUUUAAAGAGGAAAUGCAUGCCUGAAAAGUCGCUUGAAUUGACGUGGUGACUGUUUUGAGUGAUUCCAUUCCCCAUCAGAAUAGCAAUCUACUAGCGUGAAUCUCAAGUAUUUCCUCUCCAUGCAUCUUCUCAAAUUGCAUUGGAGGAGAUCACCUCAGAUCUUGUCCUCCAAUGAGUUUUGAAGUUGUGAGGAAUCAGGCAAAGACUUUCUGGCCCAACGCUAGGUAGCCUAGGUUCGAAUAGCUGACUCUGAAAAAUCUGUUAUUGUGCCCUUGAGCAAGGCCCUGUAAGUCACUCUGGAUAAGCGCAUCUGCUAAAUGACUAAAAUGGGGUUUACUCCAGGACCAAUUGAAAGCCCAACGGUCUGGGACUGUGCAUUGUCUAAGUACAAAAACAUUCAAUUUGGAAGCACUCAAACUAAAAUCUCACUGAAUAUUUGCCCUGUCUGUCAAAUCUAUAAAUAAAGGUUUUUGUAAACAGUC